GAGCAGAGUCGGUUGCUAGGGGCAGAGCGACGAAAUCCCUUUAGCAGGCGCUGUAAGGAGGGAUGGUAAGCAUUCUCGGUUGCCUUCAACCUCACGCCUCGAGGACCCAAGUUUGUACAGUCCUUUGCGUUGCUUAAAGGAAUGGCGUCCCAUCUGAGGAUUGUGUUGGAUUUGUUUUUAUGCUGGUUUAUUACAUUUAUUUGGAGUGGCACUCGAUUCGUUAUUCUGUGAUCUACGCCAUUCUUUUGAAAAGGGCCGGUUGUAUCAUCACAGAUGGAGAUCAGUAGCUCCCGACCUUCACAAUUUAUCACGAGCAUUGGAAAUGGCGGUGUUUCUCAUGGUAAUGGGUUACCUCUCAUCGAGAGUAUUGAGACGGGUCAGGUCAUUGUCCCUGAGAGAAAAAGUUGGAAAUCUUUGUUUGCAUAUAUGGGCCCAGGAUUCCUUGUUUCUAUUGCAUAUAUUGAUCCUGGAAACUUUGAGACAGAUUUACAGUCAGGUGCACAGUUCAAGUAUGAGUUACUUUGGAUCAUACUUUUGGCUUCCUGUUCUGCCUUGGUUAUUCAGUCACUUGCAGCCAAGCUAGGAGUUGUGACAGGGAAGCAUUUAGCUGAGCAUUGUAGAGCUGAAUACACAAGGGUUCCUAACUUUAUCCUGUGGAUUCUGGCUGAACUUGCAGUUGUUGCAUGUGAUAUUCCUGAAGUUAUUGGAACGGCUUUUGCUUUGAAUAUGCUCUUCAAGAUACCUGUAUGGUGUGGUGUUCUUAUCACGGGGCUGAGUACUUUGCUACUGCUAUAUUUGCAACAGUAUGGGGUGAGGAAACUAGAAUUACUUAUAGCGUUUCUGGUAUUCACAAUGGCUGGUUGUUUCUUUGCUGAACUUACUUAUGCAAAGCCAAAGUCUUCAGAAAUUUUGAAGGGACUUUUUGUCCCCCAGCUUAAAGGAAAUGGUGCCACAGGUCUUGCUAUCUCACUACUUGGUGCAAUGGUGAUGCCGCACAACCUUUUCCUACAUUCAGCUUUGGUACUCUCCAGGAAAAUACCACGCUCAGUUCGUGGGGUCAAGGAGGCAUGCAGGUUUUACAAUAUCGAAAGUGCAUUUGCUCUUGCAGUGACCUUUCUUAUUAAUGUAUCUGUUAUUUCUGUAAGUGGCUCUAUUUGUAGCUCUAAAGAUCUAAAUCCUGAAGAUCAGCAAAACUGCAAUGACCUUGACCUCAAUAAAGCAUCAUUUCUCUUGAAGAAUGUUCUUGGAAACUGGAGUUCCAAGCUAUUUGCAGUAGCCUUACUGGCAUCUGGUCAGAGUUCUACUAUAACAGGAACAUAUGCUGGACAAUAUGUCAUGCAGGGAUUCCUUGAUCUGCGGAUCCCACCAUGGAUACGGAACCUUUUGACCCGAUCCUUGGCAAUUGUGCCUAGUCUGAUAGUUGCUUUAAUUGGUGGAUCUGCAGCAGCUGGAAAAUUGAUUAUCAUCUCUUCGAUGAUUUUAUCAUUUGAGCUUCCUUUUGCUCUAAUCCCACUUCUGAAGUUUACCAACAGUAAGACCAAGAUGGGUUCAUAUUCCAAUUCUAUUGGGGUGGCAUUACUCGCAUGGUUAAUAAGCUCAUUGAUUGUAAUCAUCAAUACCUACUAUCUCGUCACUGGUUUUGUUAAUUUGCUUUUGGACAGUGGGUUGCAAACAGUAUGCAUUGUAUUUGCUGGAGUUUUUGGGUUCUCAGCCAUGCUCAUUUACAUAGCUGCAAUAUUGUACUUGGUGUUCAGGAGAAAUAGGAACUCAACUCAACCAUUGUUACAAGACGAUGCUAACAAUUCCGUGUACAAUUUACCGCGAGAGGAUAUUGCAAAUAUGCAACUUCCACAGAAAAGAUCCACACAGGAUCUGGACUAGUUAACUUCCUGCUGUUUCCAGCCAAGCAAAGUGUGCCUCAACAUUCUUGAAUUUAGUGGACUGAUAUUUCUGCUUUCUUUACUGCAGUUUUUAGCCCUAAAUGUGAAAGAAAACAGCAAACUAACACAGAAGGGAGGAAUUAUAUCUGAAGUUUGUCUGCUUCAUUCUAUGAAGUGAUAGUGUCAAGCUCGUUUCAAGCCUCAACCUAUGAUAGUAGUAGGCUUGAAAACUUUAACAGUAUUUUUAUACGCAUGGAAAAAAUAUAUAUAGGAUUUCACUUUGUAAUACUUGGUGCUACUCUAGAAAUUCGGUGAAUUCAAGGUGUUUUUUUGCCUUUUAGAAAUAA